CGUAUGAUGACUAUUUUAUGAAGCUUGAUCGGGGUGAUUGCAUUUUCACCUGCGUCUCACCACCGCACAUCUACAUCAAGAUCCCCCCCAAAAGUUGAGUACCGUUGGGGAAGCCUGCCGCUACAAGUGGCAAAAUGGGGGACGAUAGUGAGUGGAUGAAGCUUCCCAUCGACCAGAAAUGCGAACAUAAGGUGUGGAAAGCUCGUCUAAGUGGUUACGAAGAAGCUCUACAGUUGUUCAAUAGGAUAGAUGAUGACAAGAGUCCAGAGUGGGGGAAGUACCUUGGACUGAUUAGGAAGUUUGUCACAGAGUCAAAUGCAGUGGCUCAGCUCAAAGGCCUCGAAGCAGCCUUGGCGUACGUUGAGAAUGCUCACAUCGCUGUGAAGACAACAGGUGACGUGGUGUCGGGCGUGGUGACCAAAGUGUUCAACCAGCCAAAGGCCCGGGCCAAGGAGCUCGGCACAGACAUCUGUCUGAUGUACAUUGAAAUUGAAAAAGCUGAGGUGGUACAGGAUGGGCUUCUGAAAGGGCUGGAAAACAAGAACCCCAAGAUAGUUGUGGCCUGUAUUGAGACUCUACGGAAAGCUCUCAGUGAAUUCGGAUCCAAAAUCGUGACUUUGAAGCCAGUAGUGAAGAUUUUAUCCAAGCAGUUUGAGUCCAGAGAGAAGGCGGUGAGAGAUGAGGCAAAGCUGCUUGCUGUUGAAAUCUACAAAUGGAUCCGAGAUGCUUUGAGACCUUCACUGCAGACUAUCAAUUCUGUGCUGCUGAAGGAACUUGAAGAGGAGUGGGUGAAGCUGCCGUCAAGCCCACCCAAGCAAAGCAGGUUUCUGCGCUCCCAGCAAGACUUGAAGGCGAAGUUUCAACAACAAGCACAAGAAGAGUCUGGGGAGGAAGAGGAGGAAACCGUUGCAGCAGUGGAUCCUUAUGAGCUAAUGGAAGCUGUGGAUAUACUUAGCAAGCUGCCCAAAGACUUUUAUGAUAAAAUUGAAGCCAAAAAGUGGCAGGAGAGGAAAGAAGCUCUGGAAGCUGUUGAAUCUCUGUUAAAGAAUCCCAAACUGGAGAGUGGAGACUAUGGAGACCUUGUUAGAGCACUCAAGAAGGUGGUGGGGAAAGAUGCCAAUGUCAUGCUGGUUUCAAUGGCAGCUAAAUGUCUGGCUGGUCUGGCCACCGGUCUCAGGAAGAAGUUUGGAACAUAUGCAGGACAGGUUGUUCCAACUAUUCUGGAAAAGUUUAAAGAGAAAAAGCCUCAGGUUGUCCAAGCCCUGCAAGAGGCUAUUGAUGCCAUUUUUCUUACUACUACUCUACAAAAUCUGUCGGAGGACGUCUUGGCUGUGAUGGAUAAUAAAAACCCUUCUAUAAAGCAGCAAGCCUCUCUGUUUUUGGCCCGCUCCUUCAGACACUGCACUCAGGCCACACUGCCCAAGAGUGUACUCAAACUCCUCUGUGCUGCCCUUGUAAAGCAAGUGAAUGACUCUGCUCCAGAGGUGCGAGAUGCUGCUUUUGAAGCUUUAGGGACAGCCAUGAAAGUGGUGGGCGAGAAAGCUGUCAACCCUCACCUGGCUGAUUUGGAUAAACUGAAACUUGACAAGAUAAAAGAGUGCGCUGACAAAGUAGAACUUCUAGGAGGAAAGAAGGAUGCAGGAGGGGGUGGAGCUGUUGUCAAGAAGGCAGCUUCGAAAGCACCUCCUGCUGCUGAAGCCCAAACUAAAUCCUCUGCCCCGCCCAAGAAGUCCCCAGGUGGUGCCCCCAGCAAGUCUGCUGGUCCACCAAAAAAAGGCAAACCAGCCUCUGCUUCCAGCGCGAAAACCAAAAAGACCAUGGAAAGUAAAGACUUCACAGAAACUGAACUGUCGAUUGAGGUGUGUGAAGAGCGAGCAGCCGAAGUACUUCCUGCAUCCUGUCUUGAACAGCUGUAUUCAGCUAACUGGAAGGAGAGACUCGCCAGCAUGGAGGAAUUUCAGAGGGCUGUUGAGACGAUGGAUAAGAUGGCGAUGCCAUGUCAGGCCUUGGUCAAAAUGUUGGCCAAGAAACCAGGCUGGAAGGAGACAAAUUUCCAGGUCAUGCAGAUGAAGCUACACAUUGUGGCCCUUAUUGCCCAGAAGGGGCAAUUUUCAAAAACAUCAGCCUCUGUAGUUUUGGACGGCUUGGUGGAUAAGGUUGGUGAUGUCAAAUGCGGCGGAAAUGCCAAGGAAGGAAUGACCGCAAUUGGGGAGGCCUGCUCACUGCCGUGGACUGCUGAACAGGUUGUGUCUUUGGCAUUUGCACAAAAGAACCCGAAAAACCAGGCAGAGACUCUAAACUGGCUGGCUAAUGCCAUGAAGGAGUUUGGCUUUGCUGGUAUUAAUGUAAAAGGUUUCAUCAACAAUGUCAAGACAGCGCUUGGCGCCACUAACCCGGCUGUUCGGACAGCAGCCAUUACCCUGCUGAGUGUUAUGUAUCUCUACAUGGGAGCUCCACUCCGCAUGUUCUUUGAGAAUGAAAAACCAGCUCUCCUCUCACAAAUAGAUGCGGCAUUUGAGAAGAUGCAAGGCCAAUCACACCCAGCUCCAACAAGGUUUUGCAAGAACGCUGGCAAUGAAGAUGAGUGUGACAAUGCAGAGGAGCAAGAAGAGGAAGGAGGACAGGACAUCAUGGACCUACUCCCCAGAACAGAGAUUAGUGACAAAAUUACUUAUGAUCUGGUCUCUAAAAUCGGAGAUAAGAACUGGAAGAUUAGAAAGGAGGGACUUGAUGAGGUUGCAGCCAUCAUCUCCGAAGCAAAAUUCAUAACUGCCAACAUCGGGGAGCUCCCUCUGACCUUAAAAGGACGACUCUGUGAUUCCAACAAGAUCUUGGUCCAACAGAGCCUGACUAUCCUGCUGCAGCUUGCCACAGCCAUGGGGCCUGGACUCAAACAGCAUGUUAAAACACUCGGAUUCCCCAUCAUCUCUGUGCUUGGAGACAGUAAAUCCAAUGUCAGGGCAGCUGCAAUGGCCACUCUGCAGGCCUGGGUGGAGCAGACUGGGAUGAAAGAAUGGCUGGAAGGAGAUGAUCUAGCAGAGGAAUUAAAGAAGGAAAACCCCUUUCUACGUCAAGAGUUGUUAGGGUGGUUAGCCGACAAGUUACCCACCCUGAGAUCCGCGCCAGGGGAUCUGAUGAGUUGCGUCCCGCAACUAUAUGCGUGCCUCGAAGACAGAAAUGGUGACGUGAGGAAGAAAGCUCAGGAUGCCCUCCCCACGUUCAUGAUGCAUCUUGGCUAUGACAAGAUGAACAAGGCUACGGGCAAGCUCAAGACAACUUCUAAAGACCAGAUCGUAGUCAUGUUAGAAAAGGCCAGAGCUGUGAUGCCAGCUAAACCUGCUGCUCCUGUCAAAACCGGAGGAGAAAAAGGCUCAUCUGAGACAAGCAGAGCAGCCCCCAGGCCUCAGGCAGUCAGUGAGGAUAUUAGUGAUAAUAAACCAGAAGCCAAGAAGAUAAAAGGCGGAGUAGCUGCCAAAAAGCAACCCUCUCCCCCCGAGGAACCUGACCCUACCCCUCCCUCAAAGGACAAGGACAGUAAUGCUAAUAAAAAGUCUCUCAACAAGGGAAAGACUGCUGCUGGCAGUCAACAGAGUGCACCUACCAAGAAGCCUGCGGCCAAAGGCAUAAAAGAUGAUGAGGACAGGUCUGGGCCUCUCUUCAUCCUUGUCCCCAAUGCUAAGGAGCAGAGGAUCAAAGAGGAGAAGCAACUGAAGAUUUUGAAGUGGAAUUUCACCACUCCUCGAGAUGAAUAUUUGGAACAGCUUAAAACUCAGAUGUCUACCUGCUUUGCCAAGUGGCUCCAGGAUGAACUCUUCCAUCUUGACUUCCAGAGACAAGUCAAGGCCAUCAGUGUCAUGAGUGAGAGGUUGGAGAGCGAGAGUGAUGCCACCAUAAGCUGUCUGGACUUAAUUCUGAAGUGGUUCACUCUGCGCUUUUUUGACACCAAUACUACAGUCCUCAUGAAGGUGCUGGAGUAUUUGAAGAUGCUUUUUGCCAUGCUUGAUAGGGAAAACUAUCAUCUCACCGAGUAUGAGGCAAACUCCUUUGUCCCCUACCUUCUACUCAAGGUUGGAGAGUCGAAGGAUGUAGUUCGCAAAGAUGUCCGUGCAAUACUGGCCAUGCUAUGUAAGGUUUACCCUGCCUCAAAGAUCUUUCCUUUCCUCAUGGAUGGUACCAAGUCCAAAAACUCCAAACAAAGAGCUGAAUGUCUAGAGGAGUUGGGAUGUUUGAUAGAAGGCUAUGGAAUGAAUGUAUGCCAACCUACUCCAGCCAAGUGUCUGAAAGAGAUCGCAGUUCAUAUUGGUGAUAGAGACACUUCUGUCCGAAAUGCUGCUCUAAACACGGUAGUGGCCGUCUACAACGUCUGUGGAGACCAAGUCUAUAAACUAAUUGGAACUUUGUCGGAGAAAGACAUGAGCAUGUUGGAAGAGAGGAUCAAACGUUCAUCAGCGAAGAGGACAGCUGCUGCUCCAGCCAAGCAGAGUGUAAAUGAGCGGUCUCCAAAAGAUCACGCAGCUAACCCCAAUGGCACUUUAAUUCGCAAGUCUGCACAGGAAGACCCCAACAAACUCAAAAUUAUGUAUCGCACUUAUAGGAUCCAAGCCCGUCAAAAUGCCCAGCACAGUGAGUCCUCUCACGUACCCUUCCCCAAAGUGUUCCAACUAGACUUGGACAUGAUUGAGCAGGACCAGAUCAGGGUAAAUGAGCUGCCAGACCUUGUCCAGCACAAGCUCGAUGAGCUUCUGGAACCCAUUGUGAUACCCAAGCCCAAGAUGCGGAGCAUUUCACCACACUUGGAUGACCUUCACAACAGCACUGCGUCCACUAUAAACUUUGUGAUCUCUCAGGUGGCCAGUGGAGACAUUAACACCAGCAUACAGGCACUUGCACAGAUUGAUGAAGUAUUGUGGCAAGAGAACAAGGCAGAGGUCAUGUCUGGACACAUUGACCAGUUCCUCAUUGCCACCAUCAUGCAGCUUCGGCUCAUCUAUAAUACCCACAUGGCAGAUGACAGAUUGGACAAGAAGGUUAUUUUUAAGCUAUAUAGCUGCAUCCUUGGCAACAUGCUGUCUUUAUUCUCGUUGGAGUCUUUGGCGAGAGAGGCAUCCAUGGGUGUUUUAAAGGACCUGAUGCACGGCCUGAUAACUUUGUUGCUAGACAACAGAGUGGAGGUCUCUGAGGAGGGACAGCAGGUCAUCCGAUCUGUAAACCUGCUCGUAAUCAAAGUGCUGGAGAAGUCCGACCAGACCAACAUGAUUAGUGCCCUCCUGGUGAUGCUUCAAGACACUUUGGUUUCAACAGCUGGGUCUCCUACGUUCUCUGACCUGGUUUUGAAGUGUCUGUGGAGGCUGAUCCGCCAUCUUCCGGAGACCAUCAACAGCAUCAACCUCGAUCGGAUUUUAUUCGAUGUGCACAACUUCAUGAAGGUUUUCCCCAAAGAGAAACUGAAGCAGCUCAAGACUGAUGUUCCACACAGAACCCUGAAGACUCUACUACACACACUUUGCAAGCUUACUGGGGCUAUGAUCCUGGACCACCUUUCGAUGAUUGAGAAUCGAAAUGAGUCUGAAUUAGAGUCCUAUUUGAGGCGUGUUGUCAAACAACCGGGGAUUCUGUUUGGUAUCAAGAGUGAUCGAGGCAAUGAGAAGGUUAGUCUGAUCACAGAGGAUGGGAUGCCAAAAGCAAAGGCCCGUGACGAUCUGAGUGAAAUCUUCAAGAAGAUCGGCUCCAGGGAGAAUACUAAAGAGGGUUUGACAGAGCUGUACGAAUACAAACAGAAGUGUUCCGACGUGGACCUUGAGCCCUUCCUCAAGACCACAAGCCCAUUCUUCCAGAGCUAUGUGGAGCGAGGGCUUCGGAUGAUCGAGUCGGAGCGAGAGGCCAAACCUCGCAUUCAAAACCCAGCAGUGAUUGGACAGCAUGGUACUGACAACAGUAAUGAGGAAGAUCUAAAGCCAGCCGCCUACUACGAGCGACUCAAGAUCCUACGUCAGAGACAAGGCCUGGAAAACACCAGGAGCAUCAGUGGGGGUGACGAUGAGCCGCAACUGCGAGCCCCAUUGUCCUGUCUGCUGUCAUCGAAGCCUUCGGUGGCCUCCUCUACCGACAUGCUCCAUAGCAAGCUGUCGCAGCUCAAAGAGUCCCGCGAGCUCUGUCAGCAGGAACACAACGCUCAGCCCCGCUCUCCGUCCAACGCACACACCCGCUCGGCCUCGCCAGCGGCGAACCUAGGCGACUUGAAGAAACGUCUGGAGCGUAUAAAGAACAAUCGGGAGUAGGAACGAGACCAAGAUUGUGAUUUCUCGUUUGACCCACCUUUGUUAUUUGCAAACGUGAAGCCCGCCUCACUCUUUCCCUUGUUCUUUCGCCAUUUAAGAGGCCGUGCGACACAUUAACAAUGGCAAUGAGAAUAAUUUAGAAUUGAGAUUUUACUGUUAGAAUGUACCGUAAACAGUUUCAUCCCUAGCGUGGACACUGUGAGUCCUUGUAAAUACUGUUUGUAUGUACUAAUGUAAUGUCCUUGUUUAAUGCCAAGACAUUUUCUUUGGAACACGAGUCCAGAGCUAACGGCGUCAGGAAAAGCGCUUCAGACCACAUUCUUAGUUCUUCAUCCCACUGAAGCAAAUUCUUGCUGCGCAGGGUUGAGAGCAUGCCAUUACAUUCAUGAUUGUUUUUAUUUUGGUCACGCAAAUAAAGUUUACAUUGCCUAACAUG